AUGGAACCACCACACCAACCAAGGAAACCUGGCUUCACAGCACGCAUAUCCCGCGCCGCUUCCACCCUAAAGCCAACCACCGGCAGCGCAAAGCUCAAGCUCAAGCUCAAGCUCAAGCUCAAGCUCAAGCUCAAGCUCAAGCUCAAGACCAAAGCCAAACGAUUCUUCACCACACCUCACAGCAGAAACUCCACCUCACCUCCUGACACCCCCACACCAAGACGCUCCUUUGCCGAGACCUUCUUAAAGAAGAAGAAGAAGAAGAAGGAGAAGAAGCGCAGCAGGCGCACCCCCACCCUCCAAACCAAAACCACUCGCAGCGGCAACAUCCAGCCCCUGACCAUCCACCAACCGCUCACCAUCUCCCCGCCCCCGAUCCACACGAGAUCCUUGAUGAGGAAUUCGCCCUCCUCACCGCGACGAUGGUGCUCGCCCUGCUCAUCUCGAUUGUAUUUGUAG